AUGGAGCAGCUAGCGGAGCACGUGGGCCUGGAAUCAAAGGAAUACAAAGGGAAAAGUAAGCUUGCCAUGUCACGGAUCGUUCGUUCGAAAGUCGAGGAUGAGCUUGGAAAAGCCGAAGACAAGACUGAGUAUCUCACAGCACUCCAGAAUUUUAUCUCUGGGACACCACCACCACUCGAAGAAUCAUCGAACAGCGAGGAUCAAAACAAAGAAUCUGUGAAAGCACUAAUGACGGAAUACGAAACUCUACGUAAACAAUUCGAGGCAAUGAUGGCGUCUUGCAAAAAGAAAAUGGAGGAGGCAUCGGUAAAAUUCGAGGACGAAAAAUCGACUACGCCAGCUGCUACAACUUCAAAGCCAAAGGAAGGUAGCGUAGUGUCACUUGUAGAUGUAAAAACUGCUCUUCGGAGAGAUUUUAAGAUUGUGGGUGUCAUUGGAGGGGAGGAACAGAAGGACCGGUUGUCCUUCGUCAGUUUAAUCCGCCAGAUUGAUACAGGGCUAGAGAAAGCAUACAAAGAACGGGAGAUUAUUGACGGUGUUAUCCGUGCUAUCAGCCCCAGCUUAAAGUUAAGGUCAUACUUAGAAACCAUGAAGGAACUUACCCUGCCGAAAUUAAGACAAAUGUUACGAGCCCAUUACAAACAGAAGUCGGGCACGGAACUAUACCAAGAACUAACAACCAUGUGCCAGUCACCAAAGGAAACUCCCCAAGACUUCUUAAUCCGGGCCCUCGAUAUAAGGCAGCAGGUUCUCUUUGCAUCCCAAGCUGGGAGUGGCACCGUGAAAUAUGAGCCUUCUCUAGUACACCCCCUGUUUCUACAUGCUGUAGAGACCGGCCUGCAGGAUGAAGCUGUCCGAAACAAACUGCGACCGUUCCUCCAGAAAGCAGAGAUUACUGACGAAGAAUUGAUGGAACAAAUCAAUGUGGCUGUUUCUGAAGAGUCUGAGCGGAGGGGAAAGCUUGGCGCUUCUAACUACAAGAACCUAAGGGUGAAUGUCUUGGAAGCAGACGGUGAAAAGGUCGAACCAGGAGGUCAGCGACAAUCAAAGAAGGCUGGCACGAAAAAGGAACCGAAACCUGACAGGCCUGACAGACUCAUGGUCACCUUGGAGGCUGUUCAAUCGGAUAUUGCUGUCCUGAAAGAAGCUCUAGGUUCCCAGAAUGCACCUGAAAGAGAAAGGGCUCGAUACACGUAUCCAUAUGACAACCAAAGGAGACGGCUCUGCGAAGCGUGCCAAAGGGCCAACCAAUAUUUCUGUGACCACUGUUUCGCUGUGGUUCAAGUGACCAUUUUGCACGAGGGUGUCGUAGGGGUGUGGCAGGAACUACCCAUCAGGGAAACCGAAGGAGGCUGCAACCGCUGGACAGGGAGUAGCUGUUGACCACAUAAAACAGUCCCAUGUUUGUGUCAACUGUGGCAGGAAAGGGGUAUCUCUAAAGCAAUGUUCUUGUUGUCAUUCGGUGCACUACUGUUCUCAGAAAUGCCAAAGAGCCCACUGGAGGAGGCAUAAGCAACUGUGUAGCGCCAUCAAGUAUCUAUCAAACCAGGAGAGAAAGGAUGUUACUGGCGAUGGCAUGUAUGUUAGUCACCUAACACCGAAUCAACACGCCAAAGUAGUUAAAUUGGUGGGAAAGAGAUGUAUGGUUCAGUGUGUUAUGAACAAUGUUCAGACUGAAGCUCUGUGGGACACCGGUGCCCAAGUUUCUAUUGUUUCUAAGGAUUGGGUUGCUCAGAACCUGCCCACAGCUGAGAGACGCCAAAUUAACGAACUGUUAGAUAAAGGACUUGAUCUGAAAGCUGCCAAUGGUAGUGAAAUCCCAUAUGAAGGCUGGAUUGAAGUUUCAUUCAAACUUGCGACCUCGGACGACAAACCUGGUAUGUCAGUACCCUUCCUGAUUUCUACGGAUCCUUUGGACCACCCUAUUGUCGGAUACAAUGUCAUUGAAGAAAUUGUUAAAAACCCGGAUAGUCAUUUUCGUAACAGCCAUGAAGAGACACUACUCAGCGCCCUUAACUCUAGCCUUCCGAAUGCAAAGCAAGAGAAUGUUGAAGCUUUGAUUAAUCUCAUUAGGACAACCACUCCAAGUGAACUGUGUAGCGUGAAAGUAACGAAAAGAGAUGUGUUAGUUCAAGAAUGA